GAAGGAAGAGUCGCCCAUACAAGACGGUUGUUGCGACAAACAUGAAUUCAACUUCCUCGUAGUUCAGUGAUGUGGUGCACGUUUUAUCGUGUAAUUGCUGUUUCUUUUUAAAUCUACAAGGACCGAAGUUUACGGAAGAAAAAAAAAAUUAAGAUGGGCUACAUGACAGUAGAGACAAACAGUCCCACUCUGCUCCACCUCAAGAGAUCUCCUGGUAUCCGCUCAUGGUCUCUUCUCGUCGGUAUAGCCUCUGCAGGGCUGGCGGCUGCGUACUACAGCUCGGACAGCGUCCCGUGGAAGCUCUUCUACGUCGCAGGCUGCCUGUUUGUGGCCCUUCAGAACAUGGAGGACUGGGAGGAGGCCGUGUUCGACAAGACCAGGAAACUGGUAGAGCUCAAGACCGUCAGCCUGUAUGCUCUGGUGCUGACAAUGUGGAGGAGAGGACAGGAGAAAAUCGUGCUGGACCUGACGCAGCUCUGUGACAUUUGUGUCGAGGAGGAGAGGGUCCGAUACUUGGGGAAGGGUUAUCAUGUGAUGCUGAGGUUGGCAGCUGGCAUCUCCUACCCCCUCACCCAGAGUGCCACCGUGGGAGGACGUAGUGACGUCGAGGUGGUGGCCUCACUGUUGAAGCGCUUCCUGAGACUGGAUCAGACGCAGCGGAAGCAGCAGGAUUACGAAGACUACGGAGAGGACGACAGCACGGACUCGGAUAAUGAGGCAGACUGACUCUAGACUAUAUGGAACAUGCCUUCCCAGUGUAUCUUGGGGCCAAUUAACUUAAGCCAUCACUACAAUGCAGACAUUGCAGAGAAUGAGGCUAGUCACACAUUCUGACCGUUAUUCCCUUGUUUUGUUUAUGCCUUUUACCCUAAAUAAUGCUUCACACACUGUGGUUUCCGCAAAGAUUAUGCGUUCUGAACUAAUUACUGUUUAAGAGCACAAGUUAGAUUAUGGACCUAGUGCUGCUCCCUGCUGAGAUAACAAUUCUUUGUUUGGGAGACGAUGGAAAGUGCCUUUUCCCACGGUUUCCUGGACUCACCCAGCUCAGAUCCAUCUUCUUGAAUGUUCUCCUACUCUGUGUCCAAGGAAUGCAUGUGCAAGACAUAACUGAGCAUGAGGAACUUAUUCCUGGUGACACAAUUAGGUCUGUUGUUACUUCAUAUUGACGUUUAAAACGUUUUUGUGCGAACCAAAGACUUUGUAUGUUAUGUUUUUUUUUUUAGUUUAAUGAUAUCUGAUGGUAAUGCCUACAAAAAGAACAAACAAGAAAUGAGUAUUCUAGAAAGGUUGAA